GUCCGUUAACAAAAUUAUGGGGUAACAACAAUACAGAUCAUUUAGUGGAUGUUGAGAGAGACUUAUGCAUGGUGAAUGGAAUGUUAAAGGAAUUGCUAGAUGAAGAAAACUUUGGAGGAUCCUAUAUAGAUGUAAAGCGGAAUAAAGUAAUUAUCAGAACAUUAAAUAUAACUAUACUUAAUAAUAUCCUUAAUUCAGAUCGUCGAGCGAUUCCGUUACUACCACAUAAGGGAGUAAUUUAUCCUCUCAGAGCAAGAAAUUCUCUAUCAACCUUAAGAAACAUUUUAGCAGAGAUAAUGUUAAAA